CGAGCGUUGGCGUAGUCCUAGCUGACUGCGCAAGCCGCGGAGUGGACAGGGGCUCGCGAGUCGUCGUCACGAGCCAUUUUGGUGUAUCACCGUCCGGAGCAGCUGUGCGCAGGAUAAUCGUCGUUCGUUUCGUCUCGCCGCGAAAUGUCAACGUUCGCGGCCGCGCGCGGUACGUAGAGCGCGGUGUCGCCAAGUUGAUAAACUCGGACGACGGUCGCCCGAUCACGUCGGGGCUACGUGGACGCGAGGUCGCCAAACGUCGUUGUCAUCGUCAUCGUCAUCGUCGCGGGUGGUGGCGUGAAACUGGUCGCUCGCGGGGGGGAAACACAAAGAGCCCCGCGAGCGCCUUUUAUUAACCUUGACCCGCUCGUCGACAACAAUUUUGUGAGCUGCUGAAGCUGGUGAUACGUGCAAUAGGAAUUUAUCAAAGUAACUCCACGAGUACUUAUCUGAGCCUCUCGGAUGAAAGACUUAAGGUUACUGAAAUUGUAGCCAUGUUUUAUAGCGAUAAAUAUUGGCCGAAUUAAUUGUGUAGACAUUAAGAUGUGCGCUUGCCUGGAUUACAUCUACAAUCGUUUCUAUUGUGUAUUUCCUGUUGUAUACAUUGCGUGGGAAGUUUAAAUGAGACAAAAUGAGCAGUGAAAGUACAGAAGAAAGCCAGAGGCCACCUCUGGUCCUUGAAGAAAUAAGUCUUGCUUCGCUGCGACCUGUAUUCCCAGACACGGACAAACGAUGUGUGGAUGUGUGGACGGAGAAGAUGAACAAGGGAGUGUUGAAAAGUAUUAACUUCAGAGAAUACUGGCGAAUUUGGGUGCCAAAGAUAUUCAGCCCGGAGCGUAACGGCAACUGUCUGGAAUGGAUCAUCGACGAGGAUACGGCGAACAGGAUGCUUUUUAGACCUCUGGAGGAAUUCAUUUGCGGCGGUGAUCCGCAGGUGAUUCUCAAGGAGCUUGCCAAGAUGGACAAUCCACCGUCCAUAUGUGGCAAAAUGUUCAAGAUAGGCGAGCCGACCUACAGCUGCAGGGAGUGCGGUAUGGACUCCACGUGCGUUCUCUGCGUGGACUGUUUCAAACAGUCGGCACAUCGGAAUCACAAGUACAAAAUGGGCACGUCCAGCGGGGGCGGAUGCUGCGACUGCGGCGACACGGAAGCCUGGAAGAAGGAGCCGUUCUGCAAGACGCAUGUCGUGGGUACCCAGGCGAAGGAGUCGCGUGGUAAUAAGCUGCCCGGCGACAUCGCGGAGAGAGCGGUGACUGCUUUCGAAGCGUUAUUAGAGUACUGUUACGAACUGCUGACUCUGAGAUACACUGUGACGUUACCAACGAAUCUCUGCAUCAGAGAUACAGCGCUUUACGUUCACGCCUCGUUCACGCUCGAUCAGUUGGAUAUUUACGAUACUUACUGCACUGUGCUCUUCAACGACGAGCAUCAUACCUUCGAUCAAGUAAUAACCAUGCUCGUACGCGUUCUCAAAUGCUCACAGAAGGAGGCUGUGGAGUAUGUGACUAAUGUCGACCGAGAGGGUAGAGCCGUGAUAAAAUGCUCGCUAUUUCGGGACUGCAACGAGUUGCGUAAUGAAGUGGAGAAGUUCACGUAUAGGCAUAGCAAUCGACCGCUUAAGGUACUCGUCCUUCAUACUCACAUAGUCGCCCAUCAAACGUUUGCUAUAAGACUGCUCAAUUGGCUGCAACAAUUUAUAAGUCACUGCGAGGGUUUCCGCGUCCUGUUCAGCAACAUCGCUCUCAACACAAAGCUACCCGAAAUGUCGAUUGUCGAGGGCAUACUCACGAGAGAUUCGCAACUGUGGAAAUCCGCUAGAACAGUGUGGCACAGGUUAUUCAUAUACGGAAUGCUCAUGGAAUAUGAGAGUAAAAAAGCGCUCGCCAUUGUAUUCACUUACAAUUACGGAUCUGUUAUGAAGGAUUUCAUUAAGGACGAUCACGAUCACUCGUUCUCGAUCGUCUCGCUCUCCGUUCAGCUGUUCACCGUGCCGACACUGGCACAUUUGCUCAUCGCGAAACACGAGGCGCUGUUCAACUUAAUGACCACGUUCAUGUCCGAGAGCUCCCGGCGAUGUAACGCCGCUGGGAAAUUGGAGUUCGAGAGGAAUACGCCACACCACAACUUCAAACGGGCGCAGUACAUACUUUACGAUCUUCGAUACCUGCUGAGCGCGAAACCGGAGGAAUGGACGGACGAUCUGAGACGUGGCUUCCUGCAGGGUCUCACGCCGUUGUUCAACCUCUUUUCCAACAUGCAGUGCAUGGACGCGGUGCUCCGACAGGUCGGACAGCAUAUGGAGUACGAGCCGGAAUGGGAGUCAGCGUUCAAUUUGCACAUAAAAUUAUCAGCAGCCAUCACGCUGGCCCUGGAGUGGUGCAGCUCGGACCGAGUUGUACUGAUCAAGUCCUUCAUAGCGCUUCUGAAGAAACUGUACGAACAGAAUCCAAACGAGCCGCCGCCGAGCCAGGUGCGAGAGUUGGCGAAUCACAGCGCGACGUGCUUGCAAUACGACGUGGCAUCCGAACCGGUUUCCAUUCAUUUGCCGCUCUCGAGAUUCCUCGCCGGCCUCUUCCUGCAUCUGGAAAAAUACAAUUUACACUUUCAGUCGCCUGAAUUUAACAAUCCAAUGAAACCGACGCCCGAACAGAUCAUCGAACCCGUACUGACGGCGCAGGCUAUGAUCUCGCAGGUGCACGCGGGCAUGUGGCGGCGGAACGGCUACUCCCUGCUGAAUCAGCUGUACUUUUAUCACAAUGUGAAGUGCCGCAGCGAGAUGUUGGAUCGGGAUAUUAUUUUGUUGCAGGUUGGCGCGUCGCUGAUAGAAAGCAAUGAAUUCUUGAUUCACGUCUUAAACAGAUUUAAUCUUCUUAAUUGGGUGCAACCAGAUUUCGAGGUGAACGCCUUGAAAAAUCCGGAGGAGGACAGUAUGCGGCAGACGAUCAACCUAGUGGAGGAGUUCUUGGGCUUGCUCAUCACGAUCAUUGGCGAGAGAUACGUUCCCGGAAUUGGUCAGGUGACAGUAGACGAUCGUCUCAAAAAGGAGAUUAUACAACAACUGUGUAUAAAGCCUCUCUCGCAUUCGGAACUGAGCAAGACAUUAUCGGAGGAUAUUGUGCAUAAUGUUCAGAGCGAGUUGGAAAGGGUGAUACAUGAAGUAGCGGAGUUUAAGAAACCGGUGGAUUCGUCGGCGAAGGGUGUGUACGAACUCAAUCCGCAAUUCUACUCAGAGUAUAACGUGUUCUUUUAUCAUUAUACCAAGGAAGAACACAGCAAGUCCGAGGAAGUUCAACGGAAGCGCCGGAAAGCUCAGGGAGAGCUGGAAUGCUGUCCGCCGCCGAAGCUGCCUAGAUUGACGGAAUCGUUCAGCCUUGUAGCGAAUCUGCUGCAGUGCGACGUUAUGCUUCACAUCAUGCAAACGGUGCUGGAACGUGCGUUUAAUUUCAUAGCCAGGAGUUUCUCCGAGCCGCAGGUGCACAAGGUACUAUAUCUGAUCGGAUAUGCGUUGCAAGAACAGGAAUCCGGCUAUUAUCCUUUUCUCGCGUUUCCCGAACGAGCAGCGAAAUGGAACAUCUAUAAGUUGCUGGAGAAUCUGACGAGCAGCCCGCGCAUGGAGGCUCACAAGGAUCUGCUCACCUGGGUCUUGGCAAAGUAUCGUCAGGUCGCCAGUUUGACUGGGAAAGAGACUAGUCCGGCGUCUCUUCAACUCGAGCAGCAGCAGCAGCAAGCGGGCGAGACUGAUGCUAACACCAACAAUAAAACGGAUAAAGAAUGGCGGACGAAAAUGGCAGCUCAGAAGCGUGCCAAGAUCAUGGCACAAAUGGCAGCUAUGCAGAAGCAUUUCAUGAAGAAGAACGCUAAUUUGUUUGAGGUAGCAGGCCAGUUGAGUUCCAGCAGUACAAGUGAUCGCGGCUCCGCCAUGGAUCUAACGGAGGCUUCUUCUCUGGAAGGUACUCCUGUCGCCGUCGGCAUUAAUCAGACUAGUAGACUAUGCGAACAAAAAAUGUACACGUGCAUUCUGUGCCAAGAGGAUCAGAUCGUGACGGAAACUGGUUCGGCAAUGGUAUUGGCUGCAUUUGUUCAGCAGUCCACUGUAUUGUGUCAAUGCCACGGCGAUUUUCAAGAACACGAUCCGCUGUAUCUGUCGGCGAAAUUGGGCAUGUCACCGCACACGAGCACGUGUGGUCACGUAAUGCACGCUCGCUGCUGGCAGGAUUACGUCGACAACGUGCUCGCCAAGGAGAAUCGGCGGCCCUAUAGAUCACGACAGCAGGCUAGUUUUGAUGCAGAGAACCACGAGUAUCUCUGCCCGUUAUGCGAGUGUCUCAGUAACACCGUUCUCCUGCUCGUACCGUCCCUAGGAAUGCUGCAACCGACCCCGGAACCUCAGCCGGAUAUCACUUUCGAGACAUGGUUGAAGGUAAUGGCACUCACGAUGGAGUGCAAGCCGAAUAGGAAAUUUGGCAAUGUCAUGGAGAAGGACGAGGAUAGAUUGGAGGAUGAAAAAAUGGUCAAUCCCAUGACAGUCCUUCGUCAGCAGGUUGGAUGUGCUUGGGAGCCAUUCCAGACGCAGUAUUCGCGAUAUGGGCCAAACCUCACGCGAAAGAUGGAAGCCAUGAUCAACAUGUACGCUUCACUUUUUACGAAAUCCACGUACAAGGGAUUUGGUAGUUUCGACGGUGACUCGAAGAUGCCUUUGUUAGCCUGGAAGUCAAUGUCGUACACGAUUCAUGCGAUAGAGUUCCUGUUGCGCGAUCAGGACAAGCCACUGCUGGGUGCCAUGACUUCCCGGCAAAGCGACAGUCUCAAGAGCCUCGUGCGAUUAUCGGCUCUCUUGGGUGCGAGUUUCUCGAAUAAUGCAAACCUCUGGUCGCAGCGUGAUCAAAUCAAAACGUACGCGGCGUCGUUAUUGACGAUACUGAUAGAGGCACCGUCCACUGGCCCUAGCAUUUUCGACAUCGAUCCGUUUGGCGUACUGGUGCCGCUUCUCAAUUCGCUGCCGAGUUUAUUUCACACGAAGGCGCAUGAAACGCCGCCAAAUCCGCCGCCCAUCAUCAAAGGCGACGUGUUUGAUUCGCACGCGCUCAAGCUCGUGUUCCUGUGUCACAUAGCGAAAAUCUUGUAUACAUCCGACUUCACCGACGCGAUGGAAUUGGACAGUCACGAGACCGAGGACGAUGAUAACGAGGAGAAUGAGAACGUUGUCGAAACCAAAAUGGACUUUGCUCUAUUUCAUAUUCUAGGUGUCCACUAUGAUAAGCAGAGAGCUAGCGACGUGUGGCGACGAGUAGAGGCCGCCUGCCGACCCUUCCUCCGAUGUUGCGCUAUCUACUUUCAUUACGUGACCGACGUGCCGCCGUUGAACGAAUUGACUCAGGUGCGUGGUGAUACGUACGAGAAACUCUGCCAGUACCUGGGACUGCCCACUACCUGCGACGCUCUGAUCUACUCCCAUCUGGAAGUUGCCCUCGAGCUGAUGUCCGUGUGGCGGAGGCACGCCACCGUUUGGAAUCACAUGUCGGGCGAGAAGAAGGUGACGAUUAUCAGGGAUCCGUUGAAGGUGAAUAAGCUGAUAGAGCUGCCGGACGAUUAUAGCGAGCUCAUCAACUCGAUAUCCCAGUUCACCUGUCCGAACAGCGAUCGGGAGGACUCACGUAACCCGACGAUGUGCCUGGUCUGCGGCGAGAUGCUGUGUUCACAGAGCUACUGCUGCCAGACGGAGAUCAACAAGACCCCGGUAGGCGCGUGCACGUACCACGCGAACAAGUGUGGCUACGGUGUCGGUAUAUUUCUGCGUGUACGCGAAUGCGAGAUCCUCUUUCUGCGCACGCCUAACCGCGGUUCCUUCGUCUGCCCGCCGUAUCUCGACGAGUACGGGGAAACGGACCAGGGUUUGCGGCGCGGUAACGCGCUGCAUCUCUGCCACGAGAAGUACGAGCGGCUACAUCGUAUAUGGCUCAGUCACGGAAUCCACGAGUCCGUCACCCGGGCCUUCGAGCAGUCCUCGAACAAUCUGAUGCCGACCCAAUGGCAACAUCUAUAACUCGGUGGGAUCUUCCUUACGAUGCCACGGAUCUGACGUUUAGACAAAAAAAAAAAAAGAAAAAGAACAAAUGUGCAAAUUCGUGACUAACGUGAAGCCCAGUACUCGACCGAAUCGUUUUGUUUUUGUUUUUGCGAAAAUCUGGGAGUUUUCUGCGUGUGUACAAAUGACGGAGCCUGCGGUCUAGACUACUCCGAAGACCUAGAACAAUGAGCGAAAGGGCGAAUACCAUUCACAUCCAUGUUAUCAUCGUGUAAAAAUCAUGAGCUUUUUGACACUUCACAUGCAGAAUAGCAUGAUAUGAUGUAUGCUGCGAACGGGGGGGGGGGAGACGAACGCGAUCUAAUGCAAUUUUUAUAUAGUUAUAACUAACAAUCGCGAAUUAUUCUAGGUCGACGAGUCUCUCUUUUUGUUUUCUUCGCGCUCUCGUCCCAAUUUAACGUUAAUUCGCGCAUAGACAGAUCGGAAAAAUAAAAGAUGAAAAGAUAAGAAUUCGCGAUUAUCAAAUGGAGUAAUUUUUAAAGUCUCAGUGGUGUGUGAAAUAAAUAAUACGUAAUGUAA